AAUUUUUUUAUUUUUUAUUUUUUUAAAUCUUUCAAGAAUUUAUUAUCGAAAUACAGACGUAAUGGUUGCUACAUCAACAUCCAAUAACCAUACAAUUUUAUACACUGGCCUGUAGGGCUUAAAUAGAUAUGGAAAUCAUGCAUGUCCGAUUCUAUUUCACCCAAUGGAAAACAUAAUAGGUUCAUGCCCAUAAUACCAAUCAGGGCUAUCACUUGCACAUUACCAAUCCGCUAAACAUCAGCGGCUUACUCUCCCUCAAUGUAACCUGUGUGCUAAUGAGGUAUCCUGUAUGUGUUUAAGAUGUCUGUAAUGGAGAGUGCUUCCCUUGAUCUUAAAAGGAUCCUAUAGUGCCAGGAAAACAAACCCAUUUUACUGGCACUAUAGGCUCUUGGAAUGCCCCCCUCCCUUGGCGCUGAAACCGUUAAAACCCCUUCAGCCACUUACCUUAAUCCAGCGCCAGGUAAACUCUCCUCCUCCGCCGACGUUGGCUCCCGAGUGGUGCCGAAUGCGCAUGCGCGGCCAGAGGCGCGCACGCAUUCAAACCUGCUCAUAGGAAAGCAUUACUCAAUGGUGUCCUAUGUGGAUCUUAUUUGACGCUGGACUCUGUGAGGACUGUAAAUCGCAGGAGCGGCCUCUAGUGGCUGUCAGGGGAGACCGCCACUAGAGGCUGGAUUAACCCUGCAAUGUAAACAUAGCAGUUUCAAUCAACUAGAGGAACCUGCCACGCAGACCACUUCAUUGAGCUGAAGUGGUCAGGGUGCCUAUAAGUGGUCCUUUAAGAACAGCUUGAACUGGAAAAAGGUAAUAUAAUUUAUAUACAGUCCAAGAACAUUGUGCAUUAUUGAAAAAAGUUAAACCGCUCUGGUCUAAUGCAAAUUCAUAUGCUUAUUUUUUUUGUAUGCACAGGUUUGUCUUUGUCUCUGGAAAGGAGUGACUGUGCCAGCAUCUCAUCCCGUUUCUUAGCCAUGGUCCAAACACCUGCUGUCAGGUCUGUAUUUGGGCAUGCUUUCCUCUGGGUACACCCUUAUAGCAUAGCUGUUCAUUUACACACAAAAAAAUACUUCUCCUUAACAAAAUUUUGAUGCUUUUGUUUGUUGUUGUUUUGUUUUUUUUGGCUAUGCAUUUUUCAAGAUUUUUUUAAUACUCUGUAAUAAUUUUAAAGGAGCAUUUGUGGAACCAAAUAAUUAAGGCAUUUGGUGUAUUACUUAUGCGCCUGUAAUCUAACUGCUCAAUUAUCUGCCACUGGGGAGUUAUUAUCGCAAUUUAUCUUGCGCCAACAAAUUCUGUAGCGCUUUACAAUGUUAUGAGGGGGGAUUUAACUAUAAAUAGGACAAUUACAAGAAAACUUACAGGAACGACAGGUUAAAGAGAACCCUGCUCAAACAAGCUUACAGUCUAUAGGAGGUGGGGUAGGAAAUAGCAAUCAAAUAAGGUGGGACUGAAGCAGAGCUGGAGGAGAGAGUAAAGUGCUGCCCUUUAGGAGAGAGCAAGAGACAGGUAUGUGAGGUAGAGGUUACUCUGGGAGGCCAUAAGCUUUCCUAAAGAGAUGGGUUUUAAGGCACUUCUUGAACUAUUGAAGACUAGGGGAGAGUCUGAUGGUGGUAGGCAGACUAUUCCAUAGGAAGGGAGCCACCCGCGAGAAGUCCUGCAAACGUUAGUUGGCCAUAUGGGGGCGAGCAGCGGAUAGGAGGUGGUCACGGGCAGAGUGGAGAGACCGAGAAGUAGCAUACCUAUGGAUCUGUGAAGAGAUAUGAGGGGCUAGAAUUGUUCAGUGCUCUAUAGAUAUGGAUUAGCACUUUGAAUUGACUCCUAUAGGAUACAAGAAACUAAUGUAAGGACUGACAGAGGGGUGAGGUUUGAGAGGACAGAGUAGAGAGGAAAAUCAGUCUGGCAACGGCAUUUGGAGAGGGUUACAAUGCGGGAAAUUACUAGAGCAUGGACAAGCUCCUUGGUAGCAUCUUGCGUAAGAAAGGGCCGAAUGUGGGCUAUGUUUUUAAGAUGGAAUCUACAGAAUUUGGCAACAUACUGGAUAUGUAGCUCAAAGGUGAGGCCAGAGUCACGUAUGGACUUAUGUGGAUACCACUAACUUGAAGGGAAAGUGAAAGAGGAAGGUCAGUAUUAGGAAGAGGAAAGGCAAAAAGCUCAGUUUUAGAGAAAUUGAGUUUCAGAAAGCGGAAGAACAUCCAGUCAGAGGUGGAAGAAAGGCAAGCAUUGACAUGUUGGGAGUUGAAUCACUUUUGUUACUGUUUAUGCAGCCCUAGGCACACGUGUCCUGGCUUGACUCACACAGCCUCCAUGAAAAGAAGAUAUAAUUUUUAAUUAGACCAGAAUGCUUUCCUUGAUCAACAGGAAGUUGUCUCCUACUCUGUUAAAUGAACUUUAUUCACACACAGGGUGCUAGAAACUAAUUAUCUGUUGCUAUAUGUGUGUUCUCCUACAGUGAUGGUGUGUCCUACACAUUAACAAAAUCGAAUGGUGUGCUCAGCUCAGACACUGCAUUUCAGGCCUUAAAAAUGGAUAUGACCAGUCCUUUAGUCCACAAUAUAGAUAUGAUGGAUCAGGAAGCUACUAGCCCUCAAAAGUCUGUUUACAGCCAGCGGAAAAGAAAGCAACCCACGGAAAGUAACAAGAUGGGCAGAGUGGGACUGUGUUUUUCUCCAAUUUUAUCAAAUAUACGAAAAACCCAAUCGGUGCAUGAUCUUGUACAUGAAGGUGAGUCUGAGACUUUAUGAACUGUGUUACUUUAGGAUUUACUAGUAAUACAUUUUUCACCACUUUGCAGACACCUAUUCUUCUCACACCUUCAAGUAUGUGUAGCUGUGGCCUCAAGAUGAAGUGCCCUGGGUGACGUUAGUGGUCCUUAAUGAGAUAUUGUCCCUUUUUCUUUGUGAAUACAUUAUGACAUAAUAUGUUUGGACUCUUAUAAUUGUUGCAAUAGAGAGAUUUGUAGAGCGCCACUUAGUGAUGCCCAAAUGAUGUGGUUUACAACAGGGUAAUAGUAAUAAAACUAACUAAUUUAACAUGGAGAUGAUAAGGUUUCCAUUGCCUUAAUGAUUUGUUCAAAGCAGGAAGGGGUAGAUUAUAGUCACAAUAAUUAAAUAAUAUUAUAUCUACAGCUUGCACAUUUGCCAUGAUGAAGUGAUGGUGUUUUAUUUUAUCUUAUUCUUAUGCGCAUCAUUUCUAUGUAAAUAUAUAAAACGUUUGCAUUUAGACUCUAUGUGGGCAGAUAGGACUUAAGACAGUAAUGCUGAAUAAUUGAAGGGCAAGAAUGAAGACAGAUUUCAGUAGUGCAGUUAUUUAUUUAAUUUAUUAGAUAUUUUUUUUAAUGUUGCUUAUCUGCCUCAUUGUUUUCCGUUUUCCACACACAAUUAAAUCAUACAAAACUGAGUUUGACAUAUUUUUUAUUAUUUAACAUAAAUCUGAAUCCGGUAAGGUCAGGGUUUUUUAUUUCUUUUGUAGGUGAUAAAUCCUUAAACAAUGGAUGUGCCGUCAAACUGCGUCCUCAAACUCAGACAGCUGCAGAAAAGGAGCAAAAGGCCAAUCACCGCCGUACCUUGCCUGCUACACUUGGGAAAGUUGAAUAUGGUCAGCUAGGGGCAUUCCAAGGAAAGGACAUGAAACCAUCUAAAGGCCGGUCCUACAUGAGUCCAACAACUAGCUCCAUUGCCAAAAUAACUCGGAGUGUAUCUAUGGGGGAAAAUUUAAAUAUUGGAAAUGCUCAUGAACCAUCUGAAGGAAAGAGCAACUUGGAACCAGAGGGAGGAAAUCUUCCUAUCCCAUUAGAGUCUGAAAAGAACCGACAGUUGUUGAAGGAAAACGUUGUAAAACCUGUUUUGCAGCCUGUUGCAAACUGCUUGCCAAAGACUUUUCAGGCAAAAAAUCGGGCACAUUUGACACUAGACAUUGGAAAAUCAUUGCCUGAUCGACCUUUACUUUCAUUUGGUAGAAACAGAGGCUCAUUUGAAGUGGAAUCACCCAAAUCUCCAGCAGGAAGCUGGAAAACAAGACUCUCCUUCCCAGACCAAACAUACAGGAGCAGUGUUCAAGAUUUUGCAGGGUUUGAAAAUCAUAGCCCUUUGGAGGAUUCUGGUUAUAAAAAAUGUAGUGAAGAGGAGGACAUUCUCCUCUCCAGACUUUGUGAACCUCAGGAAAGAGUGAACUUAGAUGCUGAAAACUUGAAACCCUUUCAGAGAGUUAGAUCAUCUACUAUUGGUCACACUUCAGAUUACCAUUCAGGACUCUAUCCUGUAGAGCCCAUCAGACCAAGGUCUCCCUCACUCAGUGCAGCAUCAGCAUUGGACUCAGGUGGGCACAGAGGUCCACCUUUGGUGGUAUCUACUUUUCUGUCUUAUAUCUGUUUGAGUCCCCUCACUAUUCCAUCUCCUCUUUCUUCGUCCAGCCUUUGUCCUGUCUCAUCUUGUCCACGCCUGUCUCGUUUCAUAAACCACCCCCAGAAUGGUGAGGCACUUGUUUUUAGUCUUUUCUUUGGAUUUGCUUUUUCAUUUUUUCUGAUUUGUUAUUCCCAGCACCACUUGUUGUGGAAGUGUGACAUAGCUUAUAUUCUAAAGCCAUGUGAAUAACUAUUCUUUCACAAAAUAUAGACAAAGUACAUACUUGAUCAUAAAUGAGCCAAACAUUAAAAAAAAAUGCACUUAAAGGGUUACUCCAAACACCAUGACCACUUCAGUGAUUUGAAGCUUUCUACAAUGGAUAUGCAGAAGGGCAAUUUGAAAUGACAUAAACAUAAGUUAAAUUGUAGACAACUCUUGUCUGCUGUUUACUGCAAAUUUCAAUUUCAAUUUUUUUUUAGUUUAGGUGCUCUCAUUUAUGCGCAUAUUAAACAUACUAUUCCAACUCCUUGUUUUUUUUGUUUUGUUUUUAAAUUGUUUUGGAUCUCCCAUCAGAGUGGUUUCAAAUGUUUUCGGGCCAUUAGCAAUUUUAUUUAACCCCUUAAGGACACAUGACCUGUCACGAUUCCCUUUUAUUCCAGAAGUUUGGUCCUUAAGAGGUUAAAGGAAAUCUAUAGUGUCAGGAAUACAAAUGCUGCCCACGCUCUGCUUCCUUGACUGAGAUCAUCAAACUUGAUGAUCUUAGCCAAUCCAAUGCUUUUCCAUUGGGAGGCAUGUGUGACAAAACGCCACUCUGUGCCAAUCAGCAUCUCCUUAUAGAGUGCAUUGACUCUAAGUUCAGAGUCUCCAUGCAGCACUAAACUAGGAAGCACCUCUAGUGGCUGUCUGAGUGACUACAACUAGAGGUGUCCUUAGGCAUUAUAUUAAAAUGCCUGCAAGGACAUACUAUACCCACCAGAGCAUCUACAUUAAGCUGUAGUUAUUCUGGUGACUAUAGUGUCCCUUUAAAUGAACACUCCAAGCAUCAUAACCACUACAUUUUCCUGCAAUAGUUAUGCUGCUAGGAGUGCCCCAGGUUUGACUUCUUACCUAUUUUUUGCCCACUUUACUAAUGAUGACGGAGAGCCAGUUACUCCCAAGCUAAGCAAAGCCCCGCUAAUAUCUCUUUGACGAUGACCUAAGCCCUAAUGUGCGUUGAGUGCUUUUCAAACCAUUGAUAUGUUUAAGGGUUUUAUACAUUUAUUAUUUAUUUUAUAAAGUUUAGACCUGUGACUUUUUUAUGGUGAGAAAAUUCAGUUUAGACAAAAAUGUUUCAGGGCGCGCUAAUUUGAACCAAAUGUCGGUUCAGCUCGGUUGAAUUUUGGUACUGAAAAACUGAUUCGGUAAUGUCAAACAAAUAUUUUGAAGUACUCUGAUAGGUGCAUUUUUUUCUCCCUUCGGUUCACAGUUCAAGUGAGAAAAAGUAGCAAUAGUGGGAAAAAUAGAAAAAAAGAAGUAAAAAGCAGUAAAAAGAAAAUCAUUAUUUAUAUAUUAAAUAUAUAGGUACAGAUUAUUUAUAUGUUUUCUGCUUCUUUUUUUCUUCUAUUAGUCAUGUGUCACUUGAUCUGUGAUUAAAAUUAACAUUUCAAAAGAAAAAAUGAUUAUAAAUAGGAUGGCACAAAUGAGAGAAGGAUCUUAGUACAUGCAGCAACCAACAAAAGCAAAUCCUGGUAAAACGAUUUGAACAUAAAAUAACUUACAGUAGUGAUGGUGCGCAACAACAACAACAACAAAAAAUCGUAUUCACUAUGGACCUCUUAUAGAGAGUGAAAGUAACCCUGUGUACAUGAAAUGAGGUGUUUAUAGAGUGGAAAUAUUAUAAAUAAUUUAAAACCAAACAGUGGUUGUGGUAAAACAAAUCACCAUCUGUAGGUAUACUUGCAAACAUGGAAAUCACUCUGAUACCUAUUAAGGAGACAAAAACAAAAAGAGAGCUCCUAGUGCAGCAUAGUAAUUAACUUAUAAAUAUAUAAAAUAAUGCAAACAGAGGUGCCCUUUAGAUGUUACACUCACAAGAUUGGAGUGGUAAAAGAACCACUCGUUGCUAUAGCACUCAGGGAGGAUCAGCCCCUAGAGUGUGUGGGAUCCGUGGAAAGGAAGCUUGCAAUCCGGAUCUCAGGUAAGUAUACUUUAUUAAUAAUAAUUUAAAAAUAGCAAAACUUCUUGUGGAGUUAGUUAGUCCGCUCACCAGCCUCAGGAAUCCGCAAAGAAAGUUCCAUAUACUCAUGUAAUGUAAAAAAAUCUUCUGGCUGCUAUCCUGGCUGCUGUUGCCGACUGUCUCCAAAUCACUUCCUGGUUCCGGGUCCGUAAUGCAUUUCGCCCCACCCACAGGGCUUUGUCAAACGGCUGAUGCUUCCUCCCACUAUCCUGUGUCUUAUAUACACCAGCCCAUGUUACCAACCAUUUUAAAAUCAAUACAAACUUUCUCAUCAACAUUUCAGAGUCCAAAAUAAGUCUCUUAUUAGUAGCACUGCUGAUCCCAGUGCCAACUGAUAGAAAUGGGGUCUCAGAUAUUUACAACUAUGAAUAUAUAUAUAUAUAAAAAAAAAUUAAAACGUGGAACAAAAACACAUAUUUCUGUGGGCAAUAAGAAACCCUACAAAAACUUAUUUUACUCAAUUAGCAUUAUGAAUUUAAGUAACUAUAUACACAUUUAAAAUUCUAAAUAAAAAAGACAAUUUCUUUUCUUAAAGUGGCAGCACACAUUCUCAUAAUACUACUAAAAAUCCAUCUAAAACCUAAUUAGGGAACAAAAAAGAGGAGGAAAACAGAAAAAGGGGAAAGAGACAGGACCGAUAGUUCCGAUAGGGAUUAAUAAUAUCUCCUCACACAUCCUAACAAACAGUGAGAUAAUGGUCCUUAAUAAGGGUCUUAAGUUUGCACCUAUGCGGCACUUUAAUCCAUUUUCUGCAUACAUUGAUCUGAUGAAAUAUGGCCGGAGAUUGGCUAUUAAAAAGUUUUUUUUUUAAAUACAAAUUUUAUUACAGAACAAAAGAUUGAUGAAGUAGAUAGUUUUAAACAUACAAAUUUUCAUAAUAAAUCAAAUUUUAACCCUAGUCACCUCAAACAUGGCAGCAUUGAGGCAUUUGAGAAGGCAGUUUUUAAUGAUUUUAAGAAACUGGAAAAAAGGAAUAAGAAUUGGAACCUUACACAUGGUGAAAUGGCAGCCCUUAGAGGUCUGAGAGAAAAUGAUCACAUUGUCAUCAAGCCCGCAGAUACAGGCGGUAGCUUGGUGAUAAUGGACACUGAGAAAUAUUUGGCUGAAUGUGCACGCCAAUUAGAGGAUACUGAGGUUUAUACAAAACUCAAUGGAGAUCCGUUGGGGAAGAUGAGAAGAUCCUUAACAGCACUUUUGGAUAGAGGUAAACUGGCGUGUAUCCUGAAACAAAAGGAAUAUGAAUUUUUGAAUGUUGAAUCACCAAGGACCCCAGUUUUUUACAUUCUACCAAAGGUGCAUAAGGAUUUCCACAACCCACCAGGAAGACCGAUUGUCUCGGGGAUUGGCUCUAUCUCGAACAAUUUAUCGAAAUAUAUUGAUUCCUUUCUUCAACCAGUGGUUUUUAAAACUAAGUCCUUUCUGAAAGAUACAACAGACAUCCUGAGGAUGCUGAGAGACUUAGAAUGGAAGGAGGGAUAUUGCCUGGUAACCUAUGAUGUUACUUCUCUAUACACAUGUAUACCACAUGAUAUACGAUGUGCAGCAGUCAAGUAUUUCUUAGAACAAAAUCAGACACACUUACCUGCACAAAUUGAUUUCUUAGUAGAAUGUAUUAGAUGGACUCUGAAUAACAAUUACUUCUGGUUUGACUCUAACUUUUAUUUACAGAUUAGAGGGACGGCGAUAGGUAGCACUUACGCACGCACCCAGCUAUGCGGAUAUUUGUAUGGCCCACUGGGAGAAUUAUUUUAUUUAUAAUGAACAUAGCUGGACUGCGCGGGUGCGGGCAUAUCACCGUUAUAUUGAUAAUAUGAUUUUCAUAUGGGAAGGCACAGAAGACCAACCUUUUAGAGAUUUUUUAGAAUACCUAAAUAAUAAUACUUGGGGUAUACGCCUUACAAGUAAUAUCAGCACUUUAUGUAUUGACUUUUUAGAUCUCAAGAUAUACAUAGAAAAUGGGGUCCUGAAAACACAGCCUUUUUUUAAAAAAGUUGAUGUGAAUGGCUAUGUUUUAUAUCACAGUGGGUACUAUUCACCAUGGCUUAACAACAUACCCAAGGGCCAACUACUUAGGUUGAAACGGAACUGUACAGAGGAAAAAGUGUUUGAUCAGCAGGCUGAAGACCUUUUUAAGAAAUUUAGGGAAAAAUCCUAUCCACAAGAUCUCCUAAAAAAAAGCUUUUAAUGAGGUGAAACCAAUUGCACAAAUAGAUCUAAUUCAAAAAGAAAAAGUGAAAAAUAUGAAACAGGAAAGAUUUAAUGAAGUGUUAGUCUUUGAUUUUAAUAAUCAGCAUAAAUAUUUGAAAAAAAAUAUCAACAGAUUCUGGCCAAUAUUAAAAACAGACAAAGACUUAAGUGGGCUACUCCCGUCCAAACCCAAAAUUACGUUUAGGGGGGCUCAGAGUUUAAGAAGCAAUCUUGUACAUAGUUACUUGAGAGAAAAACCUAAGAGAGUAAUGGCGAAUUUCCUAGGACACUCCAUUGGUUUCUACAGAUGCAAGAUGUGUCUUGUCUGUAGGAAUAUGGGGAAUAUCAAAGAGAGCAAAGUGGAAAAAUUUAGAUCAGAGAGAACGCAAAGAGAAUUCAAAAUUAAAGAGCACAUUACUUGUCACAGCAAUAAUGUGAUCUAUUUGUUGAAAUGUCCAUGUAGACUGGAGUAUGUGGGAAGGACGACCCGUCCACUCCACAUAAGGAUAAGAGAACAUAUUUAUAACAUUAGAAAAGGAUUAGAAAGUCAUAGUGUCUCAGAACAUUUUAAGAAAGUACAUGGACAGGAUCCACGGGGACUAGAGUUCAUAGGUAUUAAGAAGGUACAGCGGGACUGGAGGGGAGGUGAUUUUAUUCGUAAGAUCGGACAGGAAGAGAUGAGAUGGAUCUUUCAAAUGGAAACACUAACUCCGUCCGAUCUUAACAAAGAUUUUGAACUUUGUAAUUUUCUGUAGUAUUUUGUGAUCUUAAAUUGUAUUUAUAUUUUUAUGUAGUAUAUAUUUUUUACUUUUUUACUGACUGCUACAUCAUGAACAUAUUUAUUUAUAUUCGCAAUGCUAAUUAAACAAAAAUAUUUUUGGGGAAUUUCUUAUUACAUAUAGAAAUAUGUGCAAAAUUUGGUUUAGGCAACAUACCCCCUUUUUUCAAGUUUUAAGUAUUUUCAAAAGUAGUUGUUUCUUUUUCUCUUUUUUGCUAAAACAAAUGAGCUGCCAUGAAAUAAGUUUCAAAGUGCUAAAUACCCCCACUUAUGUAGGGGUGUAUAUGUUUUUUGUUCCCUAAUUAGGUUUUUAGAUGGAUUUUUAGUAGUAUUAUGAGAAUGUGUGCUGCCACUUUAAGAAAAGAAAUUGUCUUUUUUAUUUAGAAUUUUAAAUGUGUAUAUAGUUACUUAAAUUCAUAAUGCUAAUUGAGUAAAAUAAGUUUUUGUAGGGUUUCUUAUUGCCCACAGAAAUAUGUGUUUUUGUUCCACGUUUUAAUUUUUUUUUAUAUAUAUAUAUAUUCAUAGUUGUAAAUAUCUGAGACCCCAUUUCUAUCAGUUGGCACUGGGAUCAGCAGUGCUACUAAUAAGAGACUUAUUUUGGACUCUGAAAUGUUGAUGAGAAAGUUUGUAUUGAUUUUAAAAUGGUUGGUAACAUGGGCUGGUGUAUAUAAGACACAGGAUAGUGGGAGGAAGCAUCAGCCGUUUGACAAAGCCCUGUGGGUGGGGCGAAAUGCAUUACGGACCCGGAACCAGGAAGUGAUUUGGAGACAGUCGGCAACAGCAGCCAGGAUAGCAGCCAGAAGAUUUUUUUACAUUACAUGAGUAUAUGGAACUUUCUUUGCGGUUUCCUGAGGCUGGUGAGCGGACUAACUAACUCCACAAGAAGUUUUGCUGUUUUUUAAUUAUUAUUAUUAAUAAAGUAUACUUACCUGAGAUCCGGAUUGCAAGCUUCCUUUCCACGGAUCCCACGCACUCUAGGGGCUGAUCCUCCCUGAGUGCUAUAGCAACGAGUGGUGCUUUUACCACUCCAAUCUUGUGAGUGUAACAUCUAAAGGGCACCUCUGUUUGCAUUAUUUUAUAUAUUUAUAAGUUAAUUACUAUGCUGCACUAGGAGCUCUCUUUUUGUUUUUGUCUCCUUAAUAGGUAUCAGAGUGAUUUCCAUGUUUGCAAGUAUACCUACAGAUGGUGAUUUGUUUUACCACAACCACUGUUUGGUUUUAAAAUAUUUAUAAUAUUUCCAUUCUAUAAACACCUCAUUUCAUGUACACAGGGUUACUUUCACUCUCUAUAAGAGGUCCAUAGUGAAUACGAAUUUUGUUGUUGUUGUUGUUACGCACCUUCACUACUGUAAGUUAAAAUUAACAUUUAGUGACAUCUAGCUGUCUAUCAUAUUUUUGUUCAGGUGGAAUUCAGAAUUACGAAACAAUCAUGCUCAGACUUUGCACGUUUUGGUUGGUUCCUGAUUUGGGUAUAUUUCAGAUCAGGAAUUCAACUGAUCACCCGAUCUGCCCAAAUUCGGAUGAGUUGGAUGAGUUGAGCCCAGAACAAAUCUCUAAGUCUAGAAUUCACCCACAAAACGUCUAUGAUAGCCUAUUUGCCUGAUAAAACACAUGGUUUUCAGAUCUACAUGUGUAUUAUUAUUGGAAGAGUCAUAUAAAAAUGUACAAUUGGUAGUUUGUUUUUUUUAAGAGUUACUACAAUCUCCAUGACUACUUCUGUUUUUAGUAGUGUUCAUAGAGCAAGCAAUCUAUAUGUGCAGCAUUUCAGUUUGAAAAGUUGCCUAUACAGUGUAAUCUGUUUUGUGCUGCAGUCCAGUUGCAAAAAGACAUCAAUUGCCAUGCACUGCGCGCUGGCAACCUUUGUAAUGGGCUUCUACCCUUGCAGCCAGCGCUGUGUGCGCACCUAAAAGGAGACGCCUGUAUGUCCAUUCAUUCCCUCUUGCCAUCCGUCUUAGGCCUUCCUGCCUCCCUACAUAGGGAGCAAAGGUUUCUUGAUAAGAAGCAUUUGAUUGGACAUCAAAGAGGGAAACAGCGAUGUGGCGUGGAAAGCAUCGAGGAGAACUUCACAUGGUGCUGGACUUCAGGUAAGUUAAAUCUUAUUUUGCAGGAUUUUUCAUUCAAAAUGAGGAAGGAAGGACCAAGUUACUACUGCCCAAUAGGGCAUUUUAAAUUGAAUAAAACAAAUAGCGAAAAACAGUUGGAGAAACCUUCUAAAGCCCCAUCUCAGCGGCAUAUUCUGCUUCCCUUUGUUUAGCCCUCUGUGUGUUCAUGUGAAGCCCUGAUAUAGAUUUUACAAGCUUCUAUAGAACAUCAUAAACACAAUACUGUGUCAUUUAUUUGCAUAAAUCUGAUUAUAUAUCCAUUAAUCAUACUUCUGGCCUGUUGUGUUUCAGUAGGACCAAUCAGCUUUGAACAGUGUGAAAUGAUUGCAUCAGAGCUGCAGGACAGCCUCCGCAAGGCAAUGUGUUUGUACAGAUCGGUGAGUGAACCAGCUUCUUAAAGGGACACUCUGAAUCUCAACAGCAUCUUAGCUUACUGAAAUUUUGUGAAGUGUCCUUUUUUUCCAAUUUACAAAACAAGCAGAUUUCAAUAGAAGUUGAACAGGUGAUAUGACUGGUGACAUGUAACGGUCUUCUCUUUCUCCACCAUGUCACUAUUACCCAUUUUUUACUAUGUCAAAAAUUACAUUACUGGAAUUGUUAUUUCUCCCUCAAUAUUAUAGUGGGGGUCUGUGCACCACUUGGGACUUUACCCUAGAUCAGCACCGCCCUCUGUGGGAACAAACUAUAGUGGUUAUUGUACAGAGAGUCUUGGGUGCUGCCACUCCUGGUUUGUGUCAAAAUGCUCUCAGUGCUCAGUGCCCCAAUGCUCUCAGUGCUAUCAUUGCUAUCCAAAGCUUGUUCGCUGUGGCUUGGCAAGCACAGAAGUGGAGAGGCAAAGCCUUUGGGGACCAGAAAAAUCCCAUUCUUGUUAAACUAGUAAAAUGUGAUUCCAAGGGGCAGCUCUCAAAGAUGCUACACCAUAACCACUACCACCAGCUUUAGUAGUUAAGGUGCUUAAAGAAACUCCAGUCCACUAAACCACUGAAGGUGAGUGAAUGUUGUUUUAAUAAUGAAAUGGGAUGCUCUAGAUCAAGCAUGUCAAACUCAAAGUCUGGAUCGUGCUAUAUAAACAAGGUUCAAGCUUAUGUGGGCCGCAAAAAAAAAGAAAAAAAAAUAUUGUAAAUUUUCAUAAAAAAGGAAGGCUUAUUUUAAAAAGUACAGUAUAAAAAAUCCUCCAGCAUCCCCCUCUUCUAAACUACAGCACCCCCUCUACUAAAUCCCAGCCACCCCUCACACAUAUUCACUCACUGACAGACACACAAAUACACACACACUGACACACACACUGACAGACACACCCAAAUACUCACUGACAGACACACACAUACUUGCUGACAGACACACGCUCACAUACACACAUACUUAGACACACACACUGACAGACACACACAUACUCAGACAGAUAUACACACACAUAUUCACAGGCACACACGCAUACUAACAGACAGACACACACACACACAUAAACAUACUCACUGACAGACACACACAUACUUGCUGACACACACACACACACUCACUGACAGACACACACACAUACUCACAGACACACACACAUACUCACUGACAGACACACACACAUACUCACUAUCAGACACACACACACACACUCACUGACAGACACACACUCAUUGACCGACAGACACAUACUUGCUAACACACACAUACUCACAGACAGACAGACACACACACAUUCUUGCACACACCUUAUGGAGCCGAUGUGGGGCAUUUCCCUGGGGUCUUCCUGCCCCCUCGCGCGGUUUAGUGCUGCCGGGUGCCGGAAUAUGACGUCAUAUUCCGGGUGCCCGGCUUUACUUCAGAUGAUGCACGCGAGGGAGCAGUGAGAAGCAGGAACACUGAUCUCCCUCGCUGGCCCUCCUCCCCGUCCGGGUAAAUGAGCAGAGUAGGCACCUGCAAUGUGGGGAAAGCAGGUGCCUACCCUGCUAUAACACCAGCAUGUACUUGCGGCUCGCUGGGCCGCAAAGAUGGUCCUUGUGGGCCGUGAGUUUGACAUGCUUGCUCUAGAACUAAAACUAAAAAUGAACACUCCUGACUGAUAGACAGCCUGUAGAUGUAACCAAGGACUUGCAUAAAAUCUUUUAUUUUUUUUUUGUGCCAACACUUUUAUAAAAUAAGAAAUAAAUCAAGGCGACCUUCAGUUAAAAACUAAAGCACUUCAGCAAGAUGAAGUGCCUUAAGGGACUAUAAAGCCUCUUCAAGUAAAAUUGAUUCAACAUGAAUAAACUGACAUUAAAUAAGAUGCUUUGGUAAAGUAAUUGGUAAAAAAAAAAAAAUUCAUUUUCUCCUACACAAAAUCAAUGUUCUAAAUGGAAAGAGAAAUGUUUAAACUAAAUGCGUGUGUGACUGAUCAUUAUUUUGCCAAACCAUAAAACCACAUGUUAUCUGCCUUAGGUGACCACAGCUGCUCCUUCAACAAAUUUAGACCGUAACAAGAUUGCUGGCCUCCUGAUAGAAACAUUUGGCAUUGUUAAGAGGGAGCUGGAUUCCUUGAAAGACGGCGAGAGUCAGUCAGUCAUUGUAGAGAAGCUAUCCCCUCAAGUGACUGAGGUGACAACUGAAACAAGUGAAGUUCCAGUAGAUGAAGGCUCUUCAGUAACAUCUGGUGGCAGGCGACUUGGUGAUGAUAAGACUCUUGCUCUGCUGCAGCAGUACUCUGAACUUUUACUGCAAGCAGUGGAGAAAAGGAUGGACAAAAAACUCUAAUAAAUUGAUACAUAAAUCCCCAGCUGUUUGUUGUGAAUGGCAAAUAAUCACUCCAUGGGCUGUUAGUUAAUAGCAGUCUUCAAUGUGAGCGAAGAUAAAAGCAGAUAUGAUUUUUCUAAAUUUGUUACAGCAAACCAGCAGCACUUGUCUCAAAAACUGGCCCCAUUUUGGUCAGGGCCAAUGAUUACUGUUCUGUUUCUGCUUUCUUUUUAUUUGCAGAUGCACAGAACAUUUUUUUUAUUAUUAUAAUUAUUCAUUAACAAAACUUUUCUAAAGUGUUUUUAUUUGUUGUGAUUAUAUUUUUAAGUUAUUGAAUUGGAUUUUAUGUGUUUGUUUUGCGAUCUUAGUUUUUGCUCUUGUGAGGGACAGUUCAGCAAUAUGUCAGUUGGGUGCUUCAAUCUUUUUUACUGGUUCCUAGGUCACGCUGGUAGAAAGAGGCUUAAGACAACAGUCAGUUUAUUGAACGUUGGCGUUUGCUUUCAGUUUACAUGGUAAGCUUUGUAUUAUUGCUGCUUUGGCCAUGUUUUAUACAUAUACAUAUAUAUAUUGGGCACUUUUGGUCCCUCCUACUCCCUGUCUGAUGUUCUUUCAUUCAGAUUUAAUGUGUUGAUGGCAGGAGAGAAAGCUAAAUGGUUUGUUGUCUUUGAUCCUUGAGGGAUUCACACCUUCCCCAUUACCAAGACAAUAAAGUCAUAUUAAGGCCGAAUGGAUUCUCAGUGUAUUUGCUCUGCAUACAUUUGAUAACCCCUUCCCCCAACCCCCAUGCACUGAAAAUGUUAACCAGCAUGCACAAUCUUAUAAUCCACAUCCAAUUUGGUUCUUUUUUUUGCAUCCAUUGUUUUGCAUGCUAUAUUAAGGUCAUUCAGUCUGUUACUGUAUAUUCCCAGGCCUUAAAUCUCCAUCACUUCCUCUUAUUACAGAAACUCCUCAAAAGGUCUGCAUUACUACUCCGCAAAUGACCAUCAUCUCGUUUGCACAUAUUCUGCUUACUACAUCUGACCUAUAUAAACACCAUGAAAAACUCAGCAGCACUACACCUGAUUUUGACAUCUUUUCAUCCCUCAACCCAAAGGUUCUUAAUUCCCCAAAAUUGGAUGUUUCUAUUGCUUCUUCCAAAUAUCUGCUUUAGAAUGCUUUUGUGUCUUAUUCAAAGCUUUGGUUGUUGUCUGUUUAUCAUAUCUGUGAUUUAAUAUAAUUUUGUAAAAGUACCCCAGUAUACUUUUUUUUUUUUAAUUAUGUUUAACUUUUGUGAAAUCUGAGAUGAAACAUUAAAAAUAGUUCAUUUUGUAAAUAAUGAAAGUUGAGUCCUACUAUCCCUAGUAGCACCUUGUUCUAUCUGUGGUGCAAAAAAAAUGAUAUUUAUACUUUGUUUUCUUUCUCCUAUCCAACUUUACCAAUUUUGUUAAAUUAUGUAUGGAAUACACAUGCAAUAGGAGAACGGUUUAUGAAAUAAGCAGGGAAGAGAAGAAAUGUAACAAUGUUUCGAUUUACUCUCUUUACUUGCAAUGUUUGCCCUGUCUUUGCCUUGUCUAAACUGUAUUAUGAUGUUACUUGCUAAAUAUUUUAAAUAAAUGUAAACGAAAAUGGAGCAUCUUAAGGGGAGAAAAAAAGGUUAACACAAGUAAGAUAAGAUUUUUCAGUGUUUUAUUCAAUAAAGUGUUUUUCAGAUAAGUAACCGUUCCAUUUUUAAAAGAAAAACACCCUGGUCUGGGAUCUACCAUUUUAGUGUUAGAGAUGCUCAGCUUUGCACACAAUCCAGGCACUCCAAACACCGUUGUGAAUGCAGAUUUGUAGGUCAGGUAGAAUGUUUGUUUUUGUGUGACCCUAAAUUACCCUUUGUUGAGCUACUGCAAUGGUAUUUUUUUCUUCAUUUCAAGCUGCUAUAAGAAAAAAAAAGCUAUAUACAUCCUGUCUUUCUUCCCUAAACUAAAAUAACUACCAUGUUUGGAAAAGAAAUAAUGCAAAGUUCUUUCUUAACCUUAAAGGGACACUAUAGACAGCCAGACCACUUCAGCUAACUGAAGUGGUCUGGGAACAGUGUCCCUAUUGCACUUAGUGCUGCAAUGUAAAACAUUGCAGUUCCAGAUAAACUGCAAUGUUUACAUUGCAGCACUAAGUCACGUCCAGUGGUUGUCUACCAGACAGCUACUGGAUGCGCUUCCUGGCUGCUAAAGGACUUUUGGUCUGGUAACGGACGCUGGACGUCCUCACACACUGCAUGAGGACAUCCAAUGUUUGCUAUUUCCCAUAGGAAAGCAUGGAUCUAAUUGAUUUAACGAUUUCCUAUAGGGAGAUCAAAUGCACGCAUGCGCAUUAACGUCCGCUUGUCACAGGAUGUCGGAGGAGGUUGAGAAGCGAUCCAGCUCUGAGGGAUGUUGGUGGGGGGGAGUUGCCAGAGGGGGAGGAGGUAGAGAGAGCUAUUAUAGUAUAGUAUCCCAAAAAUAUUUAUUUUCCAAGGCAAAAAUGUUCAUUUAAUGCUAUAGACUAAGAUUUACUAUUUGUAAUGUUAAGUUAAAAGCAAUGAUGGUUUGUGCAUGUUUGUGCUUUGUGGCUUCAUCUGGCACAAAUUAUCAUUAAACAUACCUGAUUCUUACAAAUGUUAAUUAAAUAGAAACAUGCAGGUGUGGUUUUGAAUACUAAUAUUUCCUUAACUUUCAUCAACUAUUGCCUUGUCCCCUUAACUUGUGAGGUAAAGACACCUUGCAAGUUAAAUGAACAUUGUUUAUAAGUAGAUGUACCUAUUUUAUAAUAUUUCUUAAAUUAAAAUUCUUUGUACAACCUUUAGAAGGGGUUAAGGGUUUGCAGACCUCUUUUGAUGAUUGGUUGUGGUUCAAAACUGCUCUGCUUUCAGGCAGAGGUGAGGGAAUUGGAAUGGUAAUGAAUGUGAAUUUUUAAACCCUAAAAUACUAUUCCAUUGUUUUAAAGCAGUUUAAUGGGACACUAUAGUCACCAAAACAACUUUAACUUAAUGAAGCAGUUUUUUUGGUAUAGAUCAUGUCCCUGCAGUCUCACUGCUCAAUUCUCUGCCAUUUAGGAGUUAAAUCACUUUGUUUAUGCGGCUCUAGUCACACCUCCCGGCAUGUGACUUGCACAGCCUUCCUAAACACAGCCUGUAAAGAGUCAUCUAAAGUUUAUCCUUCCUUUAUUACAAGUUAUGUUUAAUUUAGAUUUUCUUAUCCCCUGCUAUGUUAAUAGCUUGCUAGACCUUGCAAGUGAUUAAAGUUCAAUUUACAGAGAAAGAGAUACAAUUGUUUAAGGUAAAUUAUAUAUAUAUUUAUAUUUGAAAGUGAAAUCAGGUUUUUUUUUUGUUUUGUUUUUUCAUGCAGGGUCAGUCAGAGUCAGGGGAGGUGUGACAGGGGCUGCAUAAACAGAAACAAAGUGAUUUAACUCCUAAAUGGCAGUGAAACAUGAGAAGCAUGAUCUAUACACUAAUACUGCUUUAUUAAGCUAAAGUUGUUUAGGUGACUAUAGUGUUCCUCUAAAGCAUGUAUUACUCUUUUUAUUAUUACUGUUUUCAUCAUAUUUGUGAAGCAGCCAAAGAGAAUAAGAGUAAAAGAUUAAAACACUAUGCACUUGAAAUAUCAACUGUAGGAAUUACCUGUCCGAAUUAAUCAGCUUUUUAAUUAAAUCAUUUAAUUGUAGUAAACUGUUUUUCUAGGAAAACUGAGCAAUUUUUUCUUGUAUAUGGAAUCUUGACCCUGACAUAAAUAUAUGCACAAGUCCGGUCAGGGCUAACCUUGGCACCCCAGAUUUUAGGUGGCCCCUGAACGUAAAUAAAAAACACUCUAAGAGGCAUAACCACUACAAUGUGCUGUAAUGAUUAUGGUUCCAUGAGUGCCCUGGCACUCCCUCCCCAUUGUAUGUACUCAAACCAUUUUUAGAAUGGGAUGACUUAUUACCUGGAGUCCACCUGACUCUGCUUGCUGCCUCUACCACUGACUGGGAACCAGAAGCUGCCAUUAGCUCUCCUGAGUUAAGAUCUGCAAUGCAAGAUAUGAUCAUUGACUGAGUGUGUCAACUGACCACUCUAAACCAAGGCGCUAAGAUCUGCACUGCAGCGCUUAGCUGAAGGCAGAGAGCUUCUGGCUCUCCAUCGUCGGUAGUGGAGGUGAGGGUGGGCACCCAGCAGACCCCAGGUAAAAGGGACAAAAGAGUUCUAGUACAGUUUGACUACAUACAAUGGGGAACAGUGCACUCCUGGUACCGUAACCACUACAGCGUGUUAUACUGGUUAUUGUGCUUAAAGUGUUCAUUUAACAUCACAAAGCUAGUGGAGUAUCUUGGGAAAAUCUAGCUUGCAGAAAUGUGCUUGUUCAUUACUACUUUAUGCUGUUGGAUUUGACUAGACUAGAAGGUCUCUGGGCAAUCUAUACGCUUUUUUUGGAUCAGUAGGUAUUGCACAGAGUGUAAACAGUAAAUCUUCCUUAAGCAGCCCCUAAAAAAUAAUUCAUUUAAACAUAGUUUUUCUACAUGUUACAUACUGGCCACUAUUUUAUGUAAUGUACGCAAAUAAUGAAAUUAAACUAUUAACGGGAACCAUAACUGCUAUAAAGAUGUAGGCCGGUGUAUAUAUAAAACACAAUAUUUCGAACUGAUCAGCACACCUUGUUUACAUUUUACUGUUGAAUGAUAUGUUACUUACAAUGCGUAAAAAGACUCUAAUUCCCUUUUCAUCCAUAUGGACUUUCAAGUUAAAGAGGGAAAUGUACUGCAGGAUCUUCAGAGAUGCAGUUGUCAAAAAAUACUUGUCUCUCUGCAGAAUGGGUUUGGCAAGUUCAGCGAUUGUCAAAAUUGUAGUUAGUGAUAAGAUAACCUGUAUAGGUUAUUGGACAGAUGGGUAAAAUGUCCCUGUAGCAUGGGGAUAAUUGAUUGCAUGAUUCUCUCACUGAGAGAUGUUAAACUCUGGGUAGAAUGUGCAUGCCUUUAAUUCUGUGAGUGUUCAUUGCAUUCCACACCUUACAAUCACUCAAAGGAUUAAUCCACUAUUCAUCAGACAUCAAAUGGGGCUAAAGGGGCAUCCUUUUUCUAAUGAACUUGAUUUGUGAAAGUAACUGUUUUAUAUUUCUUUUCAUAUGAGGGAAAGGGGGAAAAAAAGCUUUUUUUUAAUAAAAUCAAUGUUUUUGUUUGUGGGAGUUUUUGCACUGUGAUCAGCCUUCUAUUUGUGUAUGUGGUAGAUAGAGGGCUCUUUUUCUUGUUUAAUUAUUUCUUUGUACUCAGUCUUAAUUUCAAUAAAAGUGUGAAUCUUUUGGAGUUUUAU